CAUCUCUCUCUCAUCAUUUGUCCAAUAUCAAGGGCCAGUAUCUUCUUAUCUCAUUCGGUUUAUCUUUAUACUUUGGUCCCAGCCUCUCUACUGUCUUCACCAUGAAGGUGACCAUCAAGCAAUGGAACGCCGUGGCCGCAUGGCGGUGGGACAUGCCAGAGGACGACGUGUGUGGUAUCUGUCGGGUACAGUUUGACGGCACGUGUCCGACCUGCAAAUAUCCUGGAGAUGAUUGCACCCUUCUGAUUGGCAAAUGUGGCCAUUCUUUCCACAUGCAUUGCCUUCUUACAUGGAUUCAACAAGACUCUUCAAAGGGCCUCUGCCCCAUGUGCCGUCAAAAAUUCGAAUGGAAGCAAAGUGGCGAGUAAAGUCUUUUCUGCAUUGGUGAUUUUGUUGUUUCGGGCGUACACGGGGUCACCGGUGGAUACGAGUAAACGGUUAGAUUUGGGAAGAAGUAUCCUAGCACAAGAUUUCUGGCGUUGUUUUGCUUUUAGAGAACAUACCUACGUCUUCAUGUUCACAUGCAUUUUCAAUCUUUACAGCACGAUACCUUUGAAUUUCCUGAACAUGUUCUUCAUUUAUAUUCCAUGGCACGGCAGAGUAUUCAUUAUUUGUUAAAUUUAUUCAAGAGAACACAGAAAUCUACAGCU